UUAACCACAGUCGUGUUAUUUCCAUAGCGUCGACAACGACGCUACAAUAUCAAUACAGUUCUUGUUUGACCACUACCCCGGAAGUAGAACCUAGUUGCCAGGCGACCAGCAGACCAAUGAACAUGCAGCAUCAUUUCGCUAGCGUGCCUUAACGAGCUACAUGCUAACAAACAUUCUGAUGACCAACAACAAGGGGCGAAUAAAAUGCCCCUGCCGAAACGAACUGGGCCCCUUCAGCAGGUCCACAGAGAGGUGGACGACAUUAGAAGAAAGUUGGACAGUCUGUUGAAAGAUGUUCAGAGUAAAUCUGACAGUAAAGAAGAGUCCUUUCGGAGAUGCCAAGAACUUCAGAUAUCAGCAGAGAAGACACUCAUGAAUCUGACUAAACUGACUAAGGCCGAUGAGCUGGCUCCAGUAGGAAACUACGAUCAGAGGAAACUGGAAGAGGAAGGACGACUGCACAACAUCCUGGAGCAGAUGAAGCAUCUCUCCCAGGAGUUGUCGCCACCAGGACCUAGCUCAGAGUCAUCGGGAGGUGACAAGGUCAGCGAGAAAAGCCUUGAAGACACCGAUGACGACGACGACAGCGAUGAAGAUGUCCGGAGCAAAUGUUGUGGAGAUGAGCGUCAAGCUCCCAAAUCGCUACCUCCGUCGCAGCCUUGCAUAUACACGGCGCUGAGUGAUUUUAAAGGGGACCAGGAAGGAGAUCUGUCUGUUCAGAAGGGGGACAAACUGAAUAUCAUUCGGAAGACGAGCGAUGGAUGGUGGCUGGCUGAGAACACUAAAGGCAACAGAGGAGUGGUGCCGAGAACCUACCUGAAGAUUGGUUUCAGUAUCAGCAACAAAGACAAGGACGACGAUGACGAAGAAGAAGAGGAGGAUGAGGAGUCUGAAGAGGAUGAGGAGGAUGCUGAUUCUGAAGAGCUGGGAGAUCAAGAGAAACAUAGCGAUGCUCCACAUUCCAACUGGUCCACUUUCAGAAAAGCCCUGACUGAGAUUGAUGCUACAGAUGUGCUAUCCGCCAUGGGGGCCAUACCGUCUGGGUUUAGACCAUCGACUCUCAAUAAGCUGCUGGUGGAGGAAGGUGCCAAAUACAAAGGAAGUCAUCAUAUGCUGCCUCGACUCAGCCAAUCACAGCUCUCCUUCAACGACCUCUUCUUGGAGCCUGACACUGGCAGGGUCCGCUCACGACACAUUAAGACGUGCGUUUGUUUCACUAUGUGGAGCUGCAGGAGGAUUCCCACUCCUGGAGUGGGAGUCCAGGUCCUCAGCCGACACAUACGCGUCUGCGCCUAUGAUGGAACUCAGGUGCUGAGUAACAUCCACACGGUGCGAGUGAGCUACAAUCCCAAGAGCCCCAAGACCUGGACAUUCUCACCGCGGAGUUCUGGGCUUCUUGGUAGACUCACACGAGUCAAAUCCCCAAUGUGUUUGUCGCAGACGACAGGCAUCCUGCCCACACUGCUUAACGGAGAAUGCUUCCUGCGCUGCAACUCCGACAGCCCUGACCUCGGCAUCCUCUUUGAACUCGGAGUCACCUUCAUACGCAAUUCUACGGGAGAGCGGGGCGACCUGAGCUGCGGUUGGGCUUUCCUCAAACUGAUCGACGCUGCUGGAAAUCAAAUACCGAACAGGACGUAUGAGCUUCCAGUCAGUGGUGGUACUCCCUUUGAGAAGGACGUGAAGGUGGAGGCAUCACUCGCUAAAGGAUCUCCGACAAGUGUUUUCCAGCAAAUACUUCAAGCCAGACGACAGCCCACUCUCAUUGUCAAGUUAAAUUCUCCUGCAACCCGAACCAAAACCAGUCUCAAUCUCCUCCCGGAUACGCUGCUACACUGUGUGAGUUGCAUCCACUUGUUGGCGCUGUAUAGACAGAUACUGGCCGAUGUCCUGCUGGUGGACCGGCCCACCAUGCAGAACGCAGAUUUAAUCUGCAGUCCUGUGCUUUCCACCUUCCCGACCCUUGUGGACCAACCCGACCUGCUGGAUGCUCUCAGGAAUGCCUGGAUGAACGCUGAAAGCAACAUGAGCCGCGGACAGAAGCGAGACGAGGCCUACUUGAAGCAGGAGUUCUUCAAAGUGUACAUGUCAUCGGCGUACUUCCUCCUGCACUCACCCGCUCUGCCGGCGUACCGUUGGGCCGACCCCGUCUCGGAGGAGCAACGAUCCAGAGUCAUCUUCUCCAAGCUGGAAGAGCUGAAGAACGCCACCGGCCAAUCGGGGAGCCAGGAAGCUUUCGCUGAAUCAGCGGCGCAUGAGCAGGUGGCCUUUGAUGUGGCAGAGAUGACCUUCGACCUCCUGCAAGCGACACGGUAGAGGACGAGGACACUUUAAAAGACCACAAAGACGUUUCUUCAUAUGGACGCGUUGAAUGUGAAAGCACAUUAUGAAUAUAUUAUGUAUAUUUUUUUAAAUUGAUAGAUACAAUAGCUGAUGUCCUGCUUUCAGAGAUUAUUUUUAAAACAAUUUAUAACAUGAAUUAUUAAUAAAUUGGGUUUUUAAAAUGCAGUGUGUCACUUGUCUGGUGUUUCCUACUAUGGCUGCCAUAAAGUCAGUUAUAAAAUGUAUCAUAUUAUUUCAAAAAAUACAAUGUCCACCUGUCUGCUGAAUUAUUAGUAGUGGUAAUAUUGCAAUAUAUCAACAAUUUAAUCCCAGAUUAACGAGCACACUAUGACUAUAGGGUUAUUUAACGGCCACUAGGGGGCCUAUUUGUAUGGUUUCUGGGUAUACUGUACUCAGUUCCUUUUCAUUGCUUUGGUAGUUUAGCUCAUGCUUAGCAUUGACACACACUUCCUGAAGGAAUUCACAUUUCUAUUUGAGUGGCAUGUUUGCCUACCU